UGUUGCCAAGGUUGGCGCGUAUGUCGAGGUACUACGCUCCAGUUAUUUUUUGAAGGGAUAGUAUCAGAUUACUUGAUCGUGAUUCUGUCAGCACACUCGAACUACUUUCCAUCAGUCGACAAUAUUUUAAGAACUCCAAAGGUUUUUUCACCUACUACCACUGAUGCCGUCGUCUAGGACAGCUAGGAUAAGGCGAAAUUCCGUACCGGAUAGGUGCACAAUCAUCAAGUGUAUGAGGAAAACAAUCUUCACUUUUGUUUUCUUAUUGGUCGGUCUUUCAACAGGACUCAUAGGACCAAGUAUUCUAUAUCUGGAAAAGUUAGCUGGCUCACGAGAGGAUGAAACAGCUCUUGUUUUUACGUCGAAGGCCGUUGGGUGUAUUGGUGGAUGGAUAGUUAGCUGUUUAUUACUGGAUUCAGAAGGUUCUACUAAACCAAAUGAUUUACUAAGUGUUGGACUUUUCGGCCUAGUGAUAUCCAAUGGUCUUAUUAUUUUCGUUAAACAUCUUUGGUGGAUGCUGGCAGUUUUUUUUCUUCAAGGUUUAUUUGUAACAAUUUCUUUGCAAGGAUGUGUUUAUCAUCGUGAGAACGUAAAACACCGACUCCACAUUGUGCCACAAUAUUUAACAAGUGUUUUCUUAUUGGGUUGUGUAUUUACUCCAUAUUUUAUUUUAUUUAUUGAGCCAAAUUUAAAUGCCAUUACAUCAUUAGAUGUUCAUCCCAGUACUACACUGAAUGAACCACAGCAUUCACAUAAGCAUAACUUCAUUUCAAACGUAUCUAAUGUAAUUCCCAUUAAAUCUGUUGAGAGUAGCAGUACUGGCAUUAGUAAACACAAUAAAAUUUCUCCACUUAUUCGUAUCCCUCGACAAAUUUCAGUUAGUACCCCACUACUGAAUAAAUCUAAUUUUGGUCUGCAAACAACACCUCAAACCACUAUGGACAUUAAUCAUCAUAAAAUAUCUACUGAUCAAUCUCACAAUUUAAAUCUAAUCAUACCUAAUUUUACGUCAACAAACGAAAUCAAUAUAAAUGAAACAUCACAUAACAUUACAGUGAACUCUUCGGUUACUAUCAAACCUACAUUCAAGAAAAAGCCGUCAGUCAAUGAUGCUAAACAUUUGAACCAAGAUAGUUCAUCUGCGGAUGGUAGUAAAGCAGCGUCUAAAAUGAAGAAACUUACUGAAGAGCGUCAAAUUGAAGAAUUAGACGAUGAUCCAUCUACUCAUAAAUCACUGACCUCUGUCGUUAAUCCAAAUAAACUUCAAAAUCCUGUAGUCCAAAACCAGUCUACUAUUACCACUACUACUAUGUUAAUGAACAUCACGAAUUUAAAUUCUACCAAACAAUCAAAUAAUAAUGAUGCUAUCUCUAAAAUUUCUACAAAUUCUUCCUCUAGCCAUCUUUCAAUUCACUUGAACAAUGUUUCAAUAGGAUUUCCACAUGACUCUAAAAUUGUUAAAGAUCAUAAAUCUAAUGAAAUUUUCAUUAAUAAUGUGAAUUCAACAAAAGAUAUUUACAUAUCUAAUGCGUCUAAACCAAUAACUAAGAAUAAAGUAAUACUUGGCAUGUAUAAUAUUACCGAUGAAGUAGGGUUAAUAACUAAUAACUCUUCUACUCAAUUCACAUUCAGUAAAUUUCCACCUGUAUUACAGUCAAACGAUAUUAUUGUAGUUAUCAAUUCAACAAAUCAUAAAUAUCAUCAUCAUCGUAUUGCUGAACACUCGUUGGAUAAAUCUCAUAAUCUGUUACCGUUUCAACAUCCAGUAGAAUCAGUUCAGAAAGUCUAUCUACUACUAAGUAUUAUUUCAAUGAUACUUUGGCUGUUGACAAUUCCAUUAACAAGUUGGUGUGAAUCGAUAUUUAUUCGUUACUUUGAUCUUCAGAUCAUAGAUGAUAAUAAUUUCGAGCUUAUUUCCGCUGGCAAACUCUCGUCACCAAGUGUGAUGCAACGAUCAGAUACUGAUAGUAAUGAAAAUCAUUCUGAAGAAGGUCUCAAAUCAAGAUUACUUGGAGGAUCAGAUGAAGACGACAGUGAGUCGGAUUCAGUUGAACUAUGGAAUCGAAGUCAUUUUAUUGAUAACAACGAAGAGCUAGUCUGUCAUUCUGAUUCUGAAUUGAAUGAUGAAGGUGUUGUUCUGAAAAAUUCCUUAAUUAAAUCAUCUUCAGGAAAUAAUAUUUCUGGUUAUUCAGUGUCUAAAUCGAUGACAGUAUUAAAUCCUAAUGUUGUUGAUGAUAUUACCUCCUCUAUGACUGAUUAUUCUGUAUUUGAAACUCAUUGGCCAAGAAUUCAAUGGCCAUCAAAUUUUUGGCUGUUAUUAUCCGUGUUUCUAAAUAGUGGUUUGGAGACAACAUAUGCUGGCUUUGUUGCUAGUCUCACUAUCCGUUAUCUUCUUUGGUCUCCAACAUUAGCAAUAAUUGUGACCAGUUUGUUUUGGCUUGGUAAUCUCGUUGGCUUUUUAGUUCGUUUAUUGAUAAUCAAUAUAAAAUGGCCAGAUUUACGAGAUACUUUACCCGGUAUUUCAAACAGUCAGCUAUUAUCUAAGCGUAUAUAUUCAACUAGAAAACAUCGUCGUAAUUAUGCAAAGAAUACAAAAUCAUCAAUAAUUAUUACUAUCAUACAAUUGUGUGGAUGUUUUAUUUGUGUAACUAGUUCUAUUGCAUUAACAUAUUUAUCAAUGUCAACUGGAAGAUGUUCCACAACAACAUCAUCAUCAUCAUCCCUAUUAAACAUGAAUUCAUUAUCACAUCCUUAUAUAACAUGGUUAAUCGGAAGUCUUUGUUUUGGUAUUGGUAUUGGUUUAUCAUCUUCUUAUACUGGUACAUUAAUGACUAUACAUUUAACUACAAAUUUAUUUUUUUCUAAUUCAUAUCAUAUUCAAUUAGCUACAUUUUUUGGUCAAUUAUUAAUGCCAGCAUUAAUUGCUAUGCUUCAUCAUCAAGCAUUAUUUUGGCGAUAUUCAUGUGUACAUAGUAUUAGUGUAUUAUGUUUAAGUAUAUUAAUGAGUUGUUCAUUAAUUAGUCAUUUUAUCAUUGAAACUAUUGAAAAUAAACGUAAUAAUUUAUUGAAAUCAUCUAAAACUAAUCGAAACAAUAAUCAUGAUACACAUUUACAAUAUUCUAAUGGGAAAAUUACAAUACCAUAAUUAGUUUAUAAAUUCUAAUAGGGAUAGGUAAUAAUUAUCUUCAAGAAAACUGAUGAUAACUUCUAAUAUCGUUAUUAUUUUGUUUAUUGCAAAUGUCUUUCAUCAAACUUGUCUUCAUGUGGUUAAUUGCUUUAACCUGUAAUAGUUUAUUGUAAUUAUAUAUGUUAUUUGUAUAAUACUAAUACUAACCCUCCUUCUUCUUCCUACUCCCCUUCCCCUCCUCUCUAGUCUGAUAAUAAUGGUAUUUUGUUCAUUUGAUUGCAUUUUGUACUGUACCAUUUGUAUGUGUACUCACCUAUAUUUUUUUAUUACCGCCUUAUUUUCAUAGGUUAUCUGCAAGUUUGAUCUGUUGUUAUUUUAAUAUACUUCAUUAUGUCAUGCAUUGAAUCUAUUUGAUUUAAUACCUUAUUUUGUUUAUGAUAUUGAAUUAUAAAUGCAAACAACACAUUUUAUCAAUUGGUUUUUCCUUCAAAUAGAUAGAACUAAUCCUCUGACGUAUAGCUUCAGUUUAUCGCUUUAAAAAUUAGUAGUAAUUUAAUAUAAAUUAUUCACUAAAUACAGAUUGAUGUAUUCCACUUUAAGUCGCUUUAUUUGUGUUUGAAGGUCUAUGGUACUACCUUAAUCACACCUGUUAUCCCUAGUGGAGCAUUGGUCGCCAACUAGGAGUCUCCGAGCUACUCUGUUCUAGGUUCUCCUUUCCAUCUGUCGCCAAGUUCCAUUGAUUCUUUUGAUGUCUGCCUCCAGUUUGUGACCCAACAUGUUUUUUUUUCGUCUGCCUCUUUUCUUUUUCCCAAUUUAUGGCUUACUCUAUGAAACCGUCUGAUGAUUUUCAUUACUGAAUUCCACUAACCACUAUUCUAUGCUAUGUUUAUGAAUUUGUAAGGGUAUGUAAAUGCUGACUAACACUGACAAACAAUAUCAACAACAGGGUAAUUUAAAUCCUCCCAAAUUAAGUUGAAUUAAUCCCUCGUUGAAAUCUAGACAUUAUAAAGGAAAAAAAAUGAAGUUUAUCAUAAUGGUGUGCUAUAUGAGCGCUCUUUGAUCACACUAUAAUUUCUGAAGAUAUUUAUUUAAGGAAUAAAACGUAAGAAGAACAAUGAGAAGGAAUUUUAUUUUAAGCGUACCAAUUAUGAUAUAUCAGAAAUAAAGUCAAUGAUACCAGGGUAGGUCUCAAUGCAAUUAUGAAGUAUUUUUAGAAAAAAAGUAGGAUAGUUAUACAUUUUCUCAUAGGUAAUUAAGAUUCAACAGAUCAGUGCAUAUGUACGUAACUACUUAUCUACAAUAAUAGAUAGGAUGUUUUUAGAUUGAUUUAAUAAGUUUUUCUAACAUUUAACAGAAACAGAUGGAUAUUUACCAUAUUCUUUUCUUGACGUUCGUACAGUGUUCCAAUUAUUCAUCUAUACGUGCAACCACUUUGGAUCGAAUAUGAUGCACAUAAUGAAAUCGAUGAACGAAGUGGGAUGUAACUCAGUGAUUAACAUUGCGUUUAGGUUUUCAGUAGGAAAUGAAUUGCUUUUCCUAUACCCUGACCGUGGUUACAUAAUAGGUUUUGUGGCUUUGAAUAUCCCACAUGCCAUCAUAUUAAUGAAAUGUAAUUAGAGUUCUCUUGAUCUAAGUAGGAUUCAAGUGUCCUCAUCUUGAUACAGUUGAAUAGCUUAGUCUAUCCUAACACCGGUUCUAAUAACAGUUCUUACAUUUCAAGCAUAGUGCAACUAUUAUGUUAAUUUCUUAAGAAACAAAGCACAAUACUUUUUUCACUAUUAUAAGAACUAUAGUGAAGUUCAUUUUGACAACAAAAAAUUGUGGUUCGUGUACACCUAGUUGGUUAACAGGCUUUGUCUUGACCGAAUCAGACAAUACUAAGAAUGACUCAUAACAUUAUUUCAUCUAUUUGUUGUUGUUUUAAUUGGCUUCAUCGUUUCUUGAAACAUAAUUAUUUAUCUCUUAUCAAGCUUUAUGAUAGAGCAUAAAUGGUUUUGGUCAAUUCAUUCAUUGCCAAUUUAUUCACAUACGUGGUAAGAUGGACAAACCAUAAUUAAGACACACCUGAAGCGAAUUCUAAAGUUAACUCAAUUGAGAGCAAAACACACCUAAUUUUUAAUCGUUAAGCUAGCACAAUAUCAUGCUAAAUUUCUUACUAUUGCUGUAAUUCAUUGGAUCGAUUAAGAAAGAAAAAUCGUUUGAGAAAACAGACUUCCGAGUGAACAAUUCAUUGUUGUGGUGUCUGGUACGUAUACAGACAUAUAUGAGUAGUAUGUAUCAAGAUUUGAAAGAAGGAUUCUUACUGACAGAAGAAGAACAUCAGGAGAAGAGAAAGAAAAGCAGAAGCAGUCCGAGUAGCAACAUGAAUGAAAGAACGAUGGAGCUUUCAAGAGACAAUUCAAGGAAGAUGUGCACAUAAUAUUUUCAAUGUAUUGUGUUCAUAUUUUACAAAUACAGUGUAUGCUUUUGCUUAAUACAACAAUGGGUUACCUUACCCAGGUCUUCGUUCACUACACGAUAAGACUGGUCUUUAUUUUACCUGCUUAUUUUAUGGAGUUCCGUUUGUUUUGAUGGUUGUGUUAAGCAUGAUGAAUGAGAACUACUACUGUAUAAGAUUCUGAUAUAAUGGAGUGGUAAUUUCGUCCGAUUGUAAGGCCUUGAAUCUUUUAGUUGAUAAAUGGCCUGCGACAUCCAAAUCAGUUACGCUUUACGUAUAUUUCAAUUGUGUUUAUUUUAGGUGAAAUAUUUUGUAGAUAAGUUAGUCGUUGUUUGAUAUAAAACGACUUGUUUUGCUAACCAGUUACUCAGUUUUCUGAUAUCCAUUCAUUGUGUGUUUGUGUUGAUGGUCCGGAUUUAUGUGAAUAAUCAUCACACGACCACAGUAAUUUGGAAUAAUUGAUCAAUUGUCUCGUAAUUUAUUCCGUCAUUUUGCUGACUAUUACAUAUUUGAAAGUUUUCUGUUUUCCUUUCAUAUUAAUUGUAGUUAAAUCAUAGAUGUACCAUCGUAUUCAUAUUUAGUGAUCGUAAGUUAUCGUGAAUGUCAUGAAUGAUUUCAUGCAGUUUUGUGGUUGUGUGGUACUGUGGAGUUCAAACUAGGACGAAAAACUAUCUACUGUUACUAGGUAGCAUUCAAUAAUUUAUUCGUUAACUUAUUCCAAUUUGGGAUGAAGAAACAACCUUAGGUUGUACGCAGUCACUAUGAACAUAUAGGCGUCAAUUUGUACGCAAUACAAUUGACAGAUUGGAUGCAGCCAGACGAUUUGAACUUCACAGAUGAUCUAGCUUUUCUAACUUAUACACACGAACAAAUACAAGUCAAACCAACCACUGUAGCAGCAGUUCCUGCACCAGUAGGACUGAACAUGCACAAGGGAAAAAUCAAGAUUCUCAAAUACAACACUGAAAGCACCAACUCAAUCACAAUUGAUGAAGAGUCUCUGGAAGAGAUGGAAACUUUCACGUAUCUGGACAGCAUCAUCGAUGGACAAGGAGGAUCUGAUGCAGAUGUGGAGGUGCUGAUUAGCAAAGUAAGGACAGUAUUCCUACAGUUGAAGAACAUAUGGAACUCAAAACAACUGACAAUCAAUAUCAAAGUUACAAUCUUCAAUAUGAACGUCAAGACAGGUCUACUGCACAAAACUGAAACUUGAAUAACAACCAUACAACCAUCAUCAAGAACGUACUAGUAUUUAUAAACAGUUGUUUACACAAGAUACUAUCAGCAACAGCCUACUAUAGGAGAGAACAAACCAGCCUCCAGUCGAAGAGGGAUUUAGGAAAAGACUUUGGAGGUGGAUAGGACAUAUACUUCGAAAAUCACCAAACUGCAUCACGAGGUAAGUGCCAACUUUGAAUCCUGAAAGGAAACGAAAAAGAGGAAAGCUAAAGAACACAUUGCACCGAGAACUGAAAGCAGACAUCAAAAUGAUCAAUAGAAACUGGGAAGGAUUACCCAGGACAGAUUUAGAUGAAGAAUGCUGGUGGGCACUCUGUGCUUCUCCAUGUUGGGUAUCAGGCGCGUUUUUUUGUUUAUACACAAACGAAAGCUAAGAGAUACUAUUCUCAUUAGUCUGUAUUAAUGGAAUUCGUUACUUUGAUUAACCUUAGAAACUUCAAAUAUCUCAACAUGUAUAGCAACUGGUUUAAAAACUCA